AUGGCAAAAAGUGACAAUGAAAUAUUUGACUAUUUUGGAAAUGAAACAAAAAAUGAGGAUAUCAUACAGGCGGAUGAUUCAAUUGAAAUGAAAUGCUAUGAAUCCGACAAUUUUCAGACGUAUUUACAGGUAGACGAUUUAUUGUUGGCAGCGAGUGUUGCAGCGACCAUUUUCAAUGUUUUGGUAAUUUUUUGUGCGAUAAAAUUAUUUCGACGAAGUGGCGAUACGAUGCAUUUAUUUAUAAUUAGUAUGACUGUUGGUGAUUUAUUACUUACAGUAUUUUGUCAUCCAAACGAAUUUCUAAUUCGUAAACAUGAAUUCCUGCGACAUGUGCGCCUUUGUGCAGUAACUCAUUUUUGCAACUGGUUAGGCUUAGCUGUAUCAGGCCUAUCAUUGACAAUGCUAAAUCUUGAUAAGCUCAUCUAUUUUCAAUGGCCAUUAAGCUACGAUCGUACAAUGUCGAAAAAAAGAGCAUUUAUUUUAUGCGCUUUCAUUUGGAGCAUCUCAGUUGGAUAUAUGACCUGGAUUUGGGUGUUCAAUGUUGUUUACAUCGGCAAAAAUUGCAAUUUACAAAUGACCAGUGAUCAAAUGUAUUUUUACGAUAUAUUUAUGGUAACUUAUUGUGUAUUGCCAGUGACCUCAUCUUUAAUCGUCAGUGGUUAUUUAUAUCAACUUACACGUGAAAAACGUCAUACUGGAAUUUGUAUUGGACAGUCGCAGAAAUUUAAAAACAAGAUGAAAUCACUGGUGUUUAUUUUCGCUACAACAGCAUGGACAUCAUUCAGCUUAUUACCGUAUCGCAUUUUCAACAUUUGUCGAAUGCACCUAUUCGAGUGGAAUAGUUUGGAUUGUGAUACACAGUCUAAAAUGAAUUGGCUUGCUUACGUGCUACUCUAUCUGCUUUUCCUUAACCCGAUAAUCAAUCCUUUGAUAACCUCACUAAUAUAUGCACCGUAUCGAAUAACAUUGAAGCGAUUUUUAUUCAGCAUUCCUAACCGAAAUCGUCCAUUGUAUAGCUAUCGCGAUAAUCAAACUGAUUUAAGCUAUACAAGCGCUUUUAACAAACGAUCACGAGGAUAUCGUGACUCCGAGAUAACCUUGGAUCAUGAAAUGAUAAACUUAAAUGAAACAACACAAACUGGAAUAAAUGUCAAUACACCUAGUGAAGGUUCAUAA